UGAGGGGAGAAAGGGGGAAUGGUCGCAGAGACACUCAGCAUCUGUACCAAACGAUGAAGGUUGAGUCAGAUUCAAAGGAUUUUGCUUAAAAAUAAGGAAAAGAAGAGCGACCGCCACCAUGUAUGGUUUUGUGAAUCACGCCUUGGAGCUUCUCGUUUUAAGGAAUUACGGCCCAGAAGUGUGGGAAGACAUCAAGAGAGAGGCUCAGCUUGAUAUUGAGGGUCAGUUCCUUGUAAGAAUCAUAUAUGAAGACGCCAAAACAUACGAUCUUGUGUCUGCUGCAAGUAAAGUCCUCAAGGUCGAUGCAGGAGCCAUCUUGCAGAUGUUUGGCAAGAUGUUUUUUGAAUUUUGCCAAGAGUCGGGAUAUGACACCAUCUUGCGAGUGUUAGGAUCAAAUGUUCGUGAAUUCCUGCAGAAUUUGGAUGCUCUACAUGACCACCUGGGCACCAUUUACCCCGGGAUGAGGGCUCCCUCGUUCCGCUGCACUGAUGCAGAGAAGGGGAACAAACUGAUUCUUCACUACUACUCAGAGAGAGAAGGCCUGCAAGACAUUGUGAUUGGCAUCAUUAAAACUGUGGCUCAACAAAUCCAUGGGACAGAGAUAGCGAUGAAGAUGAUCCAACCGAAAAGCGAGGAGUGCGACCACAUCAAGUUUCUGAUUGAGGAGAAGGACUCGGAGGAAGAGGCGUUCUACGAGGACCUGGACGGCUUCGAGGAGAACGGCACACAGGAGACUCGGAUCAGCCCGUACACGUUUUGCAAAGCCUUCCCUUUCCACCUCAUGUUUGACAAAGACCUGAUGCUCACACAGUGUGGGAACGCCAUUUAUCGAGUCCUGCCUCAGCUCCAGCCCGGUACCUGUAUCCUCCCUUCAGUUUUUUCUUUGGUCCGUCCUCACAUUGACUUCAGUUUUCAUGGCAUCCUUUCCCACAUCAACACCGUCUUUGUUCUGCGAAGCAAGGAGGGCCUGCUGAAUGUGGAGACGGUGGAGAAUGAGGACGAGCUGACGGGGGUGGAGAUCAGCUGUCUGAGAUUGAAAGGACAGAUGAUUUACUUGCCAGAGGCAGAAAACAUCCUUUUUCUUUGCUCACCCAGUGUUAUGAACCUGGAUGAUCUCACACGAAGGGGGCUUUACCUGAGCGAUAUCCCACUACACGACGCCACACGUGACUUGGUGCUGCUGGGCGAGCAGUUUCGUGAGGAGUACAAGCUGACCCAGGAGCUGGAAAUCCUGACAGAUCGUCUGCAGCACACACUCAGGGCCCUGGAGGACGAGAAGAAAAAGACAGACAGAUUGCUCUAUUCCGUUCUGCCGCCAUCUGUUGCCAACGAGCUGCGACACAAACGGCCUGUCCCGGCAAAGCGCUACGAUAACCUGACCAUCCUCUUUAGUGGCAUUGUGGGAUUCAACGCCUUCUGCAGCAAGCACGCCUCGGCCGAGGGAGCCAUCAAGAUAGUCAACCUGCUCAAUGAUGUUUACACACGUUUUGACAUCUUGACAGACUCUCGGAACAAUCCUUAUGUAUACAAGGUGGAAACAGUGGGUGAUAAGUACAUGACAGUGAGCGGCCUACCGGAGCCGUGCACACACCACGCCAAGUCCAUCUGCCACCUCGCUCUUGAGAUGUUGGAGAUUGCAGGACAAGUCAAAGUGGAUGAUCAACCAGUUCAGAUUACAAUUGGGAUCCACACUGGAGAAGUGGUGACUGGGGUGAUUGGCCAGAGGAUGCCCAGAUAUUGCCUUUUUGGAAAUACAGUCAACCUCACAAGUCGUACAGAAACUACUGGCGAAAAGGGAAAAAUAAAUGUCUCCGAAUACACUUACCGGUGUUUGCAGUCUGCGGAGAACGCUGACCCUCAGUUUCAUCUGGAGUACCGUGGCCCCAUCACCAUGAAAGGAAAGAAGGAACCGAUGAAGGUGUGGUUUCUGUCCAGGAAGCCCACCAACACAGAGUCCACCACAGUUAGUUAAAGCUUAACAAUUCAGAUUCAACACCAAAACGCCAAGUGUGUCAUCUAACAGAAGCUUCAGUUUGGCACUGUGUAGUCAAAAUGUCUUUAUAAAAGUACAUACAUUUUGAGGCAGGGAUGAGAUGGAUUAGGUGAAAUAAACUAUCCACAGACAAACAGAUAUUUUUAAUAUAAUGAACCUAUACUGCUGCUCUCCCUGCUUGUUUCUGUUUGGCCAUGAUCUGUCGUGACCUCACUAUAUUUUUUUAGAGUAGCCACAGAAGUGAAGUAUUUCAUGAAUAGUAGAGGGUCGUGAUAUUCAAGUUUGAUACUUUUUUGGACAAAAUAUUCUCACAUUGUUAUUGUACAUAAAAUCACUAAAGGUUUUGAUAAGCAAAACAUUUUCCAUCUAUCUUAAAUAUUUUUAGUUGCUUUGAUUUUUCAUAUACUAUAUUUGUUCUGUAUUGAGAAAUCAUUUAUAGUCUGUGAUCUAACAUCCCAAAUAACUAACGAGUGUAAUAAAAAAAUAUACUAUAGCUUGAUAUCAUGUUUGUGCCAAAACAUUGCUGUCACUAUUUGAGGCAAACAUUCAGUAUUGUUCAUUAGCUGUGAUAGUUUUACACUGAAUAUGUUGCACUGGCAUCAAAAAAAAUAAAAUAAAGAAUUUAGAUAUUAUAACUGUUGUAUUUAUAUAGAUUUAUAUCACCACGUUCACCAGUUCUUGGCACAAAAGCAACUGUGCUAACUAGAGUUAUAUAUGACAAUUCAAAGAUGAAUUUCAUUUUUAUUUAUUAUUUAAAUGUCACAAAUUAUACAUGUUGAGCUGUUAGUACAUCUGUACCAUCAUGUAUCUAUCACUAAUAAUUUAAGUUAACUAAACACUACUUUAUCUGAUAUAAUAAUCGCACCUCUUUACUCACUUUGUCAGCUUUUAUAAAACAUUUUCAGUUCUACUAAAUGUUCAGAUAUUCUUACUGAUCUACAUAUUUAUUGUUAACAUGGUGUUAUUUGAUAUUUAUUAUUUUUUUGUCAUAAGAAAUAGUAACUAAGUAAACUUUAGUAUGAGUGAAACUACUGUUUGUGCCUCUAUAAGUUAAACUAUGUGCUGUAUGUGUUGGAUUAAUUUAAUGAGUAAAUAUACCACACUUUUUUCACCCUAUUUUUCCAAAAUAAUCAUCAUUAAGCUUCACAUAAUGUCCUAGCAAGGAACCAUGCAGCUUCCUGUGUAAAGAAGUCAAACAGGUGCCUCUUGUACUGUGCGAGUGCAUUUCUUUGCUUGUAAGACAUGAUUGUUUUUUCUGAAAAAAAUGUCUCUGUUGUGAGAAAAUUAAUAAAAUAGUCUUGAAAAG